AUGUAUUCUGUGGCCAGCCUAUGCUCAUGUCAGAGAGAAAUUACUGAUGCAGACAGACAAAGGAUAAAGACGGUCUUCAUUCUUUGUGAUAUGGACAAAGACGGCCGUCUUAGCAGAGAGGACCUGAAGAUGGCUGUAGUGAUGCUGUUCGGCUGCAAGCCAUCCAAAUCAGAAACUGAUCUGCUCUUGGGGCGAGACCAGCACUCCCAGUCCCCCACGAUCUCUCUGGAGAGAUUUGUGACUCUCAUGGUGGGGAAGCUAUCCAAGGAAGACCCCUACAUAAAAGCCAGACAGAUGUUUAAUGCUUUCGACAUGCAGUGUCGAGGCUUCCUCAAAUUGGAGGAUUUCCAGGCUGCCUUCAGCAGGGUGGCUCCCUGCUUACCAGGAAGGACUGCUGUUGAGGCUUUCCGCCACACCGAUCAGGACUCCGAUGGCCAUGUCAGCUUUAAAGAUUUUGAGACUGUAGUCAGCUAUGGGUGGACCAACAGUUGA